CUCAUCUCCAUUUCUAAGUUGAAGAGCCGGCGUUGUCCAUAGAUGCCUCCUAGGUCAUGUGGCUGGAAUGACUGCUCACCCUGCUCCUUGGAAUUGGAUCACCAACCUUUCAGUUAGCAAGUUCAGCAGCUCAGCAGUUUAACCUGCUGCACCACCAGGGGACCCAAAAUGCCCUCUAAGGUUUCGAUGGCUCAUCUCCCAUUGUUCUCUUUCCUGUUUUCUAUGGAACAUGGUGCCCAGGCUCCUAUAUAUUUUCAGUGCUACUACACUGAAUACGUCUGCCUUUCGAAUCCAGCCUGUGAAAAAUUCAGAUAACUGUCAAGAUCACACCAUACAUUUCAUACAGACUUUUGGACUGGUAGGAGAACCUGUGGUCCUGAAUUGUCCUCCUUUCAGAUAUAAAGGCAUGGAUGCUUCUGGUCUGCUCUUCAACCUCACCUGGUACAAAAAUGGUUCAACAGAAAUGAUUCCUUCAGAAAGCACAGGAAACAGAAUAUGGUCAAAUGGAGAUGAUCUUUGGUUUUUACCAGCCUCUCUGGAGGACUCUGGGGAUUACAUCUGCAUGCGAAGGAAUUCAACAUAUUGUUCUGAUGUGUCACUUCAUUUAACCAUUGUUGAAAAAAGUGCUGCACAAGCUAUUUCCUACCUUCAGAAGGCCACUGUAUUGAGUUCUGGACGUCUUGUUUGCCCUGUCCUGGAAGAUUUUAUACAGAAGAAUACAGAGUAUGAACUGAAAUGGUACAAGGAUUCCAUGCUUCUGAAAAUAGACAACAAGAAGUUUAAAACUAGAAGGGGUACAAAUUAUCUCACAAUUCCUUCAGUGUCAGUGGAUGAUUCGGGCUUCUAUACUUGUCAAAUGGCCUUUGAGUAUGAUACCGUGAAAUAUAACAUCACCAGGACUAUUCAGUUGCAGAUACUUGGUCAGAAGAAAAAAAGCAGACCUGUGAUUGUCUAUCCAAAUCAAAACAUUACUUUGGCAGUUCUCGAUUCUCGACUAACCAUCCCAUGUAAAGUGUUUGUUGGAGCAAAUAGUCAUACUUUCACGGAUGUCUGGUGGCUAGCCAACAAAAGUUAUAUUGAUGUAGCAUAUAAAAGCAAACGAGUUACUGAAGGAGAACCUCAGAAAUUUGUAGAAAAUGGUGACAGUUAUAUUGAGGUUCCACUGAUUUUUGAUCCUGUCAAGGAAGCGGAUUUCAAUACACAUUUCACAUGUGUUGCUCAGAAUAGGAUUGGGCAUCAAGUGCAAGCAACACAUGUCAAACAAGAAGAACAUCCUUUCUCUUGGUACAUGGCAGUCAUUCCUGUGGCUUUAGCUACUGUGAUCGUGGGAGGAGUCUGUGCCUAUAAAUGCUGGAGGAAAAGAUCUUUCCAAGGAUAUGUACCAGCGCCAGCUAAGUCAUAAAGAAAACAUUUUAGCUUCAAAAACCUUAUCAGGAUACCAGAAAUGCUGAAGAAAUAGGGUAAUAGCUCUGAUAGAACACCUAAACACUAUUUCUUCCCACUAUAACAAUGCAAUAAACUUUCAAUAAAUGGCAUAAUCUGA